AUGAAGUUCUACAUCGACAGUCUCCCGGUUCUCUUCCCGUAUCCUCGGAUCUAUCCUGAACAAUAUGCCUACAUGUGCGAUCUCAAGCGGACGCUGGACCAGGGCGGUCACUGCGUCCUCGAGAUGCCUUCGGGCACGGGUAAAACCGUGUCGCUGCUCUCGCUCAUCGUCGCGUAUCAACAGCACUACCCUGAAAAACGGAAGCUGAUUUACUGCUCGCGUACCAUGUCUGAGAUUGAGAAAGCACUGGCCGAGUUGAAAGCGUUGAUGAAGUACCGAACCUCCGAGCUAGGCUACGAGGAGGAAUUCCGGGGGUUGGGACUGACAAGUCGCAAAAACCUUUGUCUCCAUCCCUCGGUCAAGCGAGAAAAGAGUGGGACUGUGGUAGAUGCGCGAUGUCGCAGCUUGACAGCAGGCUUUGUCAAGGAGAAGAAGGAAAGAGGCGAGGACGUGGAGCUCUGCGUCUAUCACGAGAACCUGGAUCUACUGGAGCCGCACAACCUCAUUCCGCCCGGCGUAUGGACGUUUGAUGGCAUGAUGAAGUAUGGUGAACAACAAAAGCAAUGUCCCUACUUUACAGCCCGGCGGAUGAUGCCUUACUGCAACGUCAUCAUCUACUCGUAUCAUUAUCUGCUAGAUCCAAAGAUUGCAGACAGAGUGUCCAAGGAGCUGUCAAAGGAUUGCAUAGUGGUCUUUGACGAGGCUCACAACAUCGACAAUGUGUGCAUUGAGUCCCUAAGCAUCGACCUGACCGAAGAUGUGCUACGAAAGGCAACCAAAGGCGUCAACAGCCUUGACCGCAAAAUCACAGAGAUGAAGAGCAGCGACGCAGAAAAGCUACAGAGCGAAUAUGCCAAGCUAGUCGAAGGCCUCCGAGCUGCAGACGAGGCACGAAAUGAAGAAGCUUUCAUGGCAAACCCUGCCCUCCCUGACGAUCUCCUCACCGAAGCUGUGCCUGGUAACAUACGGCGGGCCGAGCACUUUGUCGCCUUUCUCAAACGGUUUAUCGAGUACCUCAAAACUCGAAUGAAGGUUCUCAAUGUCGUUGCAGAUACACCACCAGAGUUCCUCAAGCAUCUGAGGGACUUGACAUUCAUCGAGCGAAAACCGUUGCGUUUCUGCGCUGAGCGCCUGACUUCACUUGUCCGCACACUCGAACUCACGAAUAUCGAGGACUAUCAACCUCUCCAGGAAGUUGCGACCUUUGCCACGCUGGUGGCAACCUAUGAAACCGGUUUCCUACUGAUCAUAGAACCAUUUGAAUCAGCGACGGCCACUGUACCGAACCCUGUCCUACACUUGACAUGUUUGGACGCUGCCAUAGCUAUCAAGCCUGUGUUUGAGCGCUUCUAUUCUGUAAUCGUUACUUCUGGAACCAUGUCUCCGCUGGACAUGUACCCACGCAUGCUCAACUUCAACACGGUCGUACAAGAAUCAUUUACAAUGACACUGACGCGAAAGUCUUUCCUUCCCAUGAUUGUCGACCGCGGCAACGACCAGAAUCAAGUUACCUCGCAAUUCGAGCAUCGCAACGAUCUGCAAGUUCAGCGCAACUUUGGUAAUCUUCUCAUAGAAUUUUGCAAGUUGACUCCAGACGGAGUCGUCGUGUUCUUCCCGUCUUAUCUGUACAUGGAAAGCAUCAUUUCAGCCUGGCAAGGAAUGGAGAUCCUCGACACGGUGUGGAAAUACAAACUCAUUCUUGUCGAAACACCCGACGCGCAAGAGACUGCCCUCGCGCUAGAAACCUUCCGCACAGCAUGCAACAACGGCCGCGGCGCCGUCCUUCUCUGCGUCGCGCGAGGAAAAGUCAGCGAGGGAAUCGAUUUCGACCACCAUUAUGGCCGCACUGUGCUUUGCAUGGGCGUACCUUACCAAUACACCGAAUCUCGCAUCUUGAAAGCGCGCCUCGAGUUCCUGCGCGAAACAUAUCGCAUCAAAGAGGCUGAUUUCCUCUCUUUCGACGCCAUGCGCCACGCAGCCCAGUGCCUGGGCCGCGUCAUCCGCGGAAAAGACGACUACGGUAUCAUGGUGCUGGCGGAUAAGCGCUUCAACAAGAAGCAGACACAACUCCCCAAGUGGAUCCAACAGGGCCUCGAUGCCAAAAACACAAAACUCUCCAUCGACCAGGCCGUCGGCAUGGCUAAGAACUUCCUCAAGGAAAUGAGUGUGCCGUGGAGCAGGGCAGAGCAAGAAGGCCACUCAUCGUGGAGUCUGGAAGAUUUGGAGGCGCAUCAGCGAAAGAAGGCAGCACAUGGAAUCAGCGGUACUGAGAACCCAGCUAUGCGCGCGCUGGAGGGUAGGGCGGAGAUUGAGCGCAUGGAUGUGGAUGGUGAGGGAGAUGAAUUUGGAGGCAGGGCUGAUGUCGAUGCCGAGAUGGCGGGAUUGGCUGACGCUGGUGCUUGAGAUUGGCCACCAGAAUCGAGUUGUACUACAGAAGAGAAUUCGGCGAGAUGCCUACUUUAGGGCUCAAGGCGUUUUGUGAAAACUUAAGAAUUGGAUAUCGCGAUCAAGCACGCAUCACAUGUAAGCGCGAGUGCGAGAAAUUAGAAUAGAAAUCAACAUCAAGGAUUACGCGUCGGAGUCAACGUUUC